CCCCAUAAUAUCUGAUAAGAAACUAGCAACAUUCAAAGAGUUGCAGACUUUGCAUAGAUAUCGUUCAUGUCUGUAAUACAAGCCAUGGAUUCCCUGAUGCAAACCAUGGAACCAUUGCCCAUGGCCCUUCUUUUCGUUAUCCCUUUGUUACUCCUCCUAGGCCUCAUCUAUCGACUUCGGAGAAAACCAUUUCCUCCAGGGCCUAAAGGGUUGCCAAUCAUCGGAAACAUGAUGAUGAUGGAUGGAGCGCCAGUUACUCACCGUGGACUCGCGAGGCUUGCUCAGAAAUAUGGCGGCAUAUUUCACCUCAAGAUGGGGUUCUUGCACAUGGUUGCUAUAUCUAAUCCUGAAAUGGCUCGCCAGGUUCUCCAGGUUCAGGAUAACAUUUUUUCUAACAGGCCAGCCACCAUAGCCAUCAGCUAUCUUACGUAUGACAGGGCGGACAUGGCUUUUGCUCAUUACGGACCUUUCUGGACAAUGCGCAAGCUCUGCGUGAUGAAGCUUUUUAGCAGGAAAAGAGCUGAAUCAUGGGAGUCCGUUAGAGACGAAGUGGAGAGUCUCGUUAAAACUGUUUCAGCCAACACCGGAACAAUCAAUGUGGGUGAGUUGAUCUAACUCACAAAGAACAUUACUUACAGGGCAGCGUUCGGUUCUAGCUCGCAAGAAGGCCAAGAGGAUUUCAUCAAGAUCUUGCAGGAGUUCUCCAAGCUUUUUGGUGCUUUCAAUAUUGCGGAUUUCAUUCCUUGCUCGUUGGCUGAUCCUCAAGGACUCAACACCAGGAUGGAGAACGCUCGUUAUUCAUUGGACAAGUUCAUUGACACCAUCAUCGACGAUCACAUUCAGAAGAGGAAGCAAAACAACGGCCGUGAUGAAGGUGACACGGACAUGGUUGAUGAUUUACUUGCUUUCUACACUGAAGAAGCCAAAGUAAACGAAUCAGAGGACCUCCAAAAUUCCAUCAAACUCACCAAGGACAACAUCAAAGCCAUUAUCAUGGACGUGAUGUUCGGAGGGACGGAGACGGUGGCAUCAGCGAUCGAGUGGGCGUUGACGGAGCUGAUGCGAAGCCCGGAGGAUCUGAGGCGAGUCCAACAGGAGCUGGCGGACGUAGUGGGUCUGGACCGCCGAGUCGAAGAAUCCGAUUUCGACAAACUCACCUUCCUAAAGUGCACCUUGAAAGAAACCCUCCGGCUGCACCCUCCUAUCCCGCUGCUCCUCCACGAAACCGCCGAGGAUGCCGUGGUAGCAGGCUAUCAAAUCCCCGCCAAGUCGCGCGUGAUGAUCAACGCCUGGGCCAUCGGCAGAGACAAAAACUCGUGGGAAGAUCCCGACACUUUCAAGCCGUCCAGGUUCUUGAAAGAAGGCGUCCCGGACUUUAAAGGCAGCAACUUCGAGUUCAUCCCGUUCGGAUCGGGUCGAAGGUCGUGUCCGGGCAUGCAACUCGGGUUAUAUGCGCUCGACUUGGCCGUAGCUCAUAUGCUUCACUGUUUUACGUGGGAAUUACCUGAUGGGAUGAAGCCGAGCGAGCUUGACAUGAGUGAUGUGUUCGGACUCACCGCACCCCGGGCGACUCGACUCAUUGCCAUCCCAAAGAAACGCCUGCUCUGUCCACUCUUUUGAAACGAAAAGAAAAAAAAUCGAACCAUUCGAGUCUUUGCAGCUUAUGCAAAAGAAGAAAACAGGGGAAUGAAGAAGAAGAUGACAAAGGGUGAGUUUACGAUUACAAGUGGGAUUUUUGGUCUUCUUUUUUCUUAUAUAAAUAUAUAUAUAUAUAUAUACACCAUGGGAAAGGGGCAUGCAGGUCUUCAAGAAGAAAUAACUGAAGAAGAAAAACGAAAAGAAGUAAAUGAGAGAAAUUGGAUCCUCUCUUUCCAUCGUUGAUAAGAUCACUCUGUUCAUUUGAAUUGUGUUAAAACUCUGCUCUUCUGUUUUUUUUUUUUCAUUUUUUUGCCUUAUUUUUUCUUAUUUUACAACAUUUAAUAAAGAUUGUGAAAGAACAUUUCAUUUGGAUCAAAGGAAAAGCAAAAGAAAAAGAAAAAUAAUGUUUCCUACUAUUUGUACUAAUGGACAAAGUGUAUUCUACUUCUGAUCUUUCACUCUUGUCUUUGUUUACUUUCAAUUGAAGUAUAAAGGGAGUCGUAGGCACUCCAACAUUUUCCUCUAAACC